AUGCGGCGCAUCUAUUUCACCUACUACAACCCCAAUCCUGUCCGGUUGCGAAUCAAGUUUGAGGACGAAGGAUACCUCGUGAUCCCAAACUUCUUCACACGCGCCACCGCCGAUGAACUUCGCGAAAGGGCAUCCGAGAUGCUUGAAAACUUUUCUCUGGAGGGUCACCCCAUGACCACCUUCUCGACCGGCACCGGAGAGGAGAAGAAGCACAUUGGCGACGACUACUUUUUGACAUCGGGAGACAAAGUGCGCUACUUUUUCGAGGAGGAGGCCUUUGACAAGCAGGGUAACCUGACGGUGCCCAAGUCCCGGGCGAUCAACAAGAUCGGCCAUGCCCUUCAUGAAUUGGAGCCCAAGUUCCGUGCUCUCUCCUUGUCCAAGGACAUGAAGGCUCUCGCCCACGACCUCGAAUUCAAGGACCCCCGCGUCCUUCAAUCCAUGUUGAUCUUCAAGCAGCCCAAGAUUGGAGGCGAGGUCCCUCCUCACCAGGACUCGACCUUCCUCUACACUGAGCCUCUCUCCGCACGCGGCUUCUGGUUCGCGCUCGAGGAUUGCACCGCCGAGAACGGCGCCCUUUCCUUUGCCCCUGGAUCCCACAAGAAGUACCCCGUCAACCGCCGGUUCAUUCGCGAUUCCAAGUCUACAGGAGUGACAUUCAGAGGCGAGGAAGAGCACCAGGCACCCGACGAGGAGUUCAAGUUGGCAGAAUGCAAGGCUGGCUCCUUGGUCCUCAUCCACGGAUCCGUCCUCCACAAGUCACCUGCUAACAGGAGCGACAAGAGCCGUUACAUCUACACCUUCCAUGUCAUCGAGGGUGGCGCAGAAUACGACGGCGACAAUUGGUACGUUGCGUUGCAGCCUACCAAGGAAAUGCCUUUCACUCCUCUCUUCACUACCGAGCUUUAG